AUGUUGCGGCCAGAUAUGGACCGGCAGCCGAGAGUUAAUAUUUAUUGUUCUGGUUUCAUGAGGAUGUUGGCUCCGCGAAGAGGACGGCGAGGUUACGGUUUAUGUUGGGCCGGUUUGGCUAUGAUGUCGGGUGGUGGAGAUGAAGGGGGGGCGGGGCGUUAUGAGAAGAAUACGUUUGGACGUGGUAGGUUGAGGGAGUCAUGGCGGAAAUUGAAGCGUUCUAAUAUUAAAGGUUCUAUGACGGAUUUGGGGAACAGUUUGGGUGAGUCAGCGGCGCGGUUCGGUGGAUCAGUGGCGAAUGUGACAGUAGGGAACGUGAAUGUGGGAAAUGUGACGCGUAGCGCAAAGCGUGCAGCGAACUCGUUGGCGGCAGCUACGGGCGAGGCGGUGGAUCGUUUGAAGGGUGUGCUAGUGGGUGUGUUGGACGCGAACCGGAGGAGUGUAGAACAUGUUGGUGCCAAUUGGGUGAGUGCGCUGAAGUUGUUAAAAAAAAGACUGAAUAAGGGCAAGGCCAAGAAGUUCCGAGAUGUGUGUGUGGACAUGGUCGGUAAGCAGCAAAAGUCUGUAUAUACCACGUUGGGUGCAGACGGCCAGCGACGGCUGAAGGAAGAGUUUUAUUUAACGCCUAAAACCCUGGCGUUGAUCCAGCGGGACUACUUGAAGCAGAAGACGACCUUCGAACACGCGCAACAACGGGCGCUGGCAGCCGGAUUCGAUCCUAGGGAUGUGCUUCCGCUUAUGACGUUGCCAAACAAAAGUAAUCUGUGCUAUGCCAACACACUUGUGCAAGCGCUCAGGACCAUCAUCUUGCCCACAACUGGCCGUUUGUUGUGCACCAAACAGCCCGUGACGCGAAAGGCCUCGGCUAGGGAUGGGACGCAGGUGCCCGAACGAGGAUUGAAUAUCAAUCGAGCGCUUCUCGCCACAAUCCUCGGUCUCACAGAGGUGGAAACAUUCUGCGAGGCACUCAAGUACCCCACUGACCAGCAGCAUGACAUCGCCGACGCCAUCUACGAAAUGCAUGAGGCAAAUGUCCCUCUGCUCGACGAAAUGCUCUGGGAGAGAACUGUGCACACUGAGUGCAACGAUUGCGACGUGCCUGAUAAGACAACCUGGAUACCCUUCCGCCUGGACUCGCUGACCAAAAGCGAUCUGAAAGAGGUCAUGCAAACACCCUGCCCUCUUGACAAGGAGAAAUCUCACAACGAAAUAGUCACGUGGACGGUGCCCAAGUUCGUCCUCCAGCAAUUCGACCACUUCCAGAUGCGCACCAUCCCUCUAGGCAAAAUACGUAAAGGUCUGACCGAAGCCGGUUACAAGAACACCAUGGCCCUCGUGAGGAAGCUUUACAACCAACGUAUGACUCAUUACCGCGAACAAAAAAUUCGGAUCAACCUCAGCAACUUCUUUUGGCCCGAUGAGUGGCCGCACGCACGCAGCCAGGAAGCAGAGUGGCUGGACCGUGCGGACAGGGUCCUCGUCGCCAUCCGUAACCUUCCGUCCGACGUACGACAGAUGUUGCUCGCAGACGAGGUCUACGAGUACAUCCGAACUAAGGAUCGUCGUCAGCCUGUGAAACUGCGUCUGAAAGAACGCAUUGUCAUCGGCGAUACGCCCAUGAGACUGCGCGCCGUUAUGGUGCAUGUUGGUGUGGAUGGUCGCGGCCACUACUACACGCUGAGGCGCUACGGCGACUACAUAAUAAGUCUUAAUGAUGCACAGGUGGACACCAGAGCUCGGGCCGUGGAUGGGUUCAUUCUCAUGAACCAGGAAACGCCGCACUUCCUCCUCUACGAACAAGAGUCAAACAUCGAACUGGAACGUGCACAACGUGAGAAAGAAGCCCGCGAAAAGGCAGCAGCGGAGGCAACGGCCAACGUGGCAGCGACCGAGGCGUUGUUGGCCGAGACGCCGCCGGCCGAAGUGCCAACCUUGCAACCGCCACCGAGAAAAGCAAGAACGGCCGAGGUUGGGGAUCUCCUUAAUUCAGGGAACGAGUUCUACGCAUCAGCGGACACGGUUGGCUCCAUUGACGUACGGUAUGGUUCCGUUGACGACCUCCUUGGUUUGAACGAGGACAGGUCCAAUAUUGAGAGAGGCUUAGUCGACGACUUGCUGGGCUUCAAUGACCGCGUGGGCCGCCCCUCUAUAGAAAGAGGGUAUGGCUCGGUUGACAACCUACUAAGCUUGAAUGACGACGUCGGCUUGGGGCACGCUUCGGCCGUCAAGCAGUAUAACUCGGUUGACGAUCUGCUUGCCAUGAACGACGAUGUAGGCUCCAUCGACUGGAGCCCUGGACCCUGGCAAGAGCAAUUCGACACGGUCUACGACUCGAACGAGCUUGAAGUCGUAACCGUUGACGAGAUCCCUGCGGACAAACGUGCCGUCGAAACCCGCUAA